CCUUUCAAUUAAAAAUUGACAGCGUCAAAAAAGAAAGAAGCUUCCAUCAAAUCAAAAGAAUUUUUAUUUCUCAAAAUAUUGGAUGGAUAGAUCUCAAAUUAGCAGUACGUCGAAAAUUUUAUAUUUUCAUAUUGUUAGCAACAACACAUUAUCAUUCUGGAUUCCCAAAAGAGGACUUAUUUGGACAUCUACAAGAUGGAUUUAGCGGAGACGAUGAAGAGUGUUCUAGCGAAGAGCACAGGGGGCUCGGGAAGCGGUGCGAGCAGUUCUAACGCCGCGGCGCCGCACGGGGCGGAGGGCUACGUCACGGAGAAGUUGUACAUGUUGCUGCAGUUGUACUUGCAGAACAAGGGCUGGAGUCCGAGCGUUGAGCUUCUGCAAUGCUUCAGUGAUCUAAAGGAAUCCUCUAUGCUACCCAGUGCUGCUUAUUUACAAAUGAUGGCUUCUAGAGUAGGAUUAGAUACUCAAGGGAGACUGAUAUUGCGUGAGAAUGGCAAAAUAAUUCUUCCAUAUGAACACUUUGCCAAUGCGGUUAUGCUGAAACACAUGAACGGUCCACAUGGAUUACACUUGGGACUAGAGGCUACAGUCAGAGCUGUUGUAGAGUCAUACACAAUAGGACGGGAGCAGUUUGGCAUGGAGAAGGAGUUUAUAAUAGAAGUGGUGCAGAACUGCCCGAACCCUGCCUGCCGUUACUACAAGAAUCAGCUGGAGAUGACGCAGAAGUCUAUCCAGCAACAUCUUUCACAACAACCCACUUAUAUUCCUGUGACCCAAUAUACAGACGCGAGCAGCGCGGCGUUGGCCGACAGCCAGGCGGUGGAGCGCCUGCUGCGGGGCUCCGCCCUCCAGGACUACCAGAUCCCGCUGGCGCCCCACCUCGCCGCGCUCAGUGAGUUACUCUCGGGUCUAAGCUCGGAGAAGGGCGACCGUCGCGCGCAGGAGAAGCUGUCCCAACACCAGCAAAUGUUACUGCAGCACCAGACGCGGUCGCUGGCGCACCCGCCCGCGCUCGACAAGUACUCGCACUCGCAACGGUCUAGCUCUUCCACUUCCACGCUCGAAACUAAAGCGUCUAAACAUCAUUAUGCUGAUGAACACAAGCUUACUGAUUUCUUGAGAGCAAAUCUAGACACUUUAGAGUCGUUAUCAACGGGCGGUGCAGCUCACACCGAGCGCAGCAGCGGCGGCGGCGGCGGAGGCGGCAGCGGCAGCGGCGGCGGGCAGGAGCGCGUGGUGCGGGCGUUUGCGGAGCUAGCGCGCAACCUGCAGCGCAUGCGGCCCUGCGUGCGCCCCGCCAUGUGCAAGCCCUACGGCAAGCAGAGCGAGCAGCUGCAGAAGAUUCUGCUGGACACGAUCCAGCUGGUGCAGUCGCUGCGCAGCUACUUGCCGCCGCCACACAUCCAGGUCACCUCGUGGAAGAACGACGACAAAAUACGUUCUAACAACAUGGACGAGCUGGAGAGCCGCAAGAUAGUGAGCGGCAACUAGCCGCCGGCCGCCGCACCCGCCGACGGCUGACCGAGCGCGGACCCGCCCGCGGCCCUCGACCUCUGCGUACGUACACUGAACACACAACAAAAUAUCUGUUUACCCGACAUCAUGAAGAAUGAGGAGGUUCUGAAUACGCCAGAUUUUUUUAUAUAAAAUGUAGCAGUCAUCAUAGUAGUAUGAGCGGCCGGGCCGCGUUAAAUAUUACUUUGUUAUACAAAUACACAGAGUGGUAUAAAAGGCUACAUUGAAGCAAUUAAUCUAAAAAUACAAUUUUACAUAUGCGCAUAUAAACCUAAGUGCGCAAUGUCAACAAAUAUCAAAUAGCAAUAUUGCUUUUUUAGAUGAAUUGAUUCAACGUGGCAUUUUUAACCCCUCUAGUCUUACUUGGAUGUUAUUUCGUCUGCCAUUUUUUGUAAUGACCAGUCCCAAAGAUUAAAGAUUUCUGUCCUGUGAUCAAGGGGGUUAAAAAGGCCACAUUGAAGCAAUUCAUCUAAAAAAGCAAUUGCAAUUUGACAUUUGUUUGUAUUGCGCACUUACUUUUAUAUGCGCAAAUAUCAAAUUGCUUCGAUGUGGCAUUUUUAACCCCCGAGGCCAACAAGUACCAGUGUCGCCCAGUUGGACAAAAGCACCACGAUGUUAUUUCUACUCUAUAAUGGAAAUUGUAAAAAUAUGUGAAGAAAUUCGAUGGUCGGCGGGCAAGGAUCGUUGUGUAGGAUUAUGAUAGUAGUAGAGUGGGCAGCGACGCUUACCCUGUAUAACCAGUGUAACAUUACAAUGUCGCGUGUUUCCUCAUAUGUUCACUUCUGUAUUGGUUUGGCACAAAUAAGGCGUUCCUUUCUACUUCCAUACAUUUCUUGUUCUCUUAAGUUUAUAUUGAUUUACUCUUGUUGGAGACAAAUGUUGAAUUUUGAUUUGAGUUUUUCCAAUGUUGCGAUCUUAUACAAUAUUGUGUAUGCUAUUUUAUUGCUUUUAAUGUUAUGUAACUUAUAGUUUAGUCUUUCUUUUAAGACCUUCUUUAAAGUUAAAAUUCGUCCUAUAUAGUUAAUCUAAGUUUAAUCUCAGUUAUUAUUGUAAGUGCAUUAUUUACACUGUGAUAGAGGUGUAAUAGGUGUAGGCCUGAGCGAAGUCUUGACAUGAAUGUAAAAUUACAAUAUAAAUUGUAUGAAUAUUAGCGUUACAUAUAAUCACGAUCUUGGAAUAGUUUGCAUGAGUUCCGAAUACUGGAUGGUCGUUGAGUGUCGACACUACUUCAUUCAUGAUAGGAUAUGAUUGUCAGUAUUCAUCUCUACUAAAAUUGUAUUAAAACGCAUUUAUUACAUAAAUUAUGAACAGACUGUUCAAUAUUCGGACAUGCCUCGAAGUACUAUUUACAAUUAACGGCGAAACGAGGGUGUACGCAUACAAAAAUAACGUUUGAUCGCCAAGUCUUGUCUAGAGUGAUAGGGAGGUUAGUAUCUUAUUGAAGACUGCAAUUUUUCACGUCUUAGCUAAUGUUGCCUGUGAAUGUAUAAAAUUAGGUUCGGUAAGUAAGUUGGGCGGGUAUUGCACGUUGAGAAUUAUACCGAGUUGUGUGCAAGGCUAUUGUUCCUCGGAGUUUUAAUUUGAUCAGAAUGAACGCUUACUUUAGGUUAUAAUAUAUGAUAAUAUUCGAAAUUUUAGUCUGCAUUUCUCAAUGUGCAGUAGGUACGUGAUGAUCACACUAGUGUUUCAUCUGGACGUGAUAUGAAUAUUUUACAUGUGUGUUAAAAUUAUAUAACGGCUAAAUUGACAACUAUAUGACGUGUAUAAAAUAUUCAUACCGGGAUAGAAACAUAAGUAAUGCAAAACAAGUUGCUAUUUACUUCCAAACAUCACUUACGUGUAAUAUUGAACUACAUAAGUUUGUUAGUGCAAUAAUUGGGCAAAGCCUACUUUAAAUUUAAAAUUUUGUAUCUUAGUACUAUAUUCUAAAUUAUAAACUUAUGAUAGCGGCGCGGCGCGAGAGGAGUGAGGUUAUACAAGUACUUUUUGAUUAUGUUAUGGUCUCUUUAUUGGAUUGUUGUAUACUAAAUCAUUUUUUUUAAGCAGCUUUUUACAAUUAAGUUCAGUUGAUGCUAUUUUAUAAAUGGUAAUUUCACUAGCAGUACGAACGAAGUCACAGUUGGGUAACAAGCAACACAUACAGUUCAAACAAUGUACUAUCCAAAUAUAAAUGGAGGCUAUUACGUUUUCAUCGCCUACUAACACUGUAGUAUUAAGUGACCAGCGGUAAACUACUCUUGAAAAAGUAUUAUACAAUUCCAAAAGAAUCUCUCUGUAUUAGAAUUAAGCAUUCUAGUCAAAAAUGGAUUUCAUUAUACGAUUUUAUGAAUAUGUUUAAUAAAGUGAAAGUAUUGGGAAUUGAUUAAAUUUACGUUCUUUGAUUCUGGCGAUGCCGUUGAUACCACACGCGAUGCACAUUAUUUUUCACUUAUGUGUUGUGGUUAUUAUUUAAUAAUAUGUACUGUAUGGUUUAUGUAGCGCUCGCCGAGUGCCAUCGUGCAUUGUGUAUAUCGAUGUUUACAACAUGUGUAGGUCUGUAAGACGUAUAAUCUGAUUAUAUUGAAUCUAUAGGUUGCGGUAUUUUUGUACCAUUUCAUACUGUAAUAAAAGUCCAAAUAUUGUUUACUUUUGUUUAACAAACAAUUCGUUCGUAUUUAAUAAACACAUUGGCAUCAGAAUCCUGUGAUAUUUAUUACUGUUCAGUAAAAAUCUUAUUUUGAAUAUUUACAUAUUUGGUUAAAUCACAAGUAGGUCGGUAUUUUACUAUUUUUAUUUUAGUAUGAAAUGACUGUAUGGCCUUGCCAUUUAAUUUAUUUGCGAAUCAUUAUUUUUGUCUAAAAGCGGUAAUUAGUGGAUUGAUAAAUCAGUGCUUAGAAAUAAAGAAUAUUGAUUAA